CUGAACAGGCGAGGCUGCACUCAUUCUACCGGAACAUCGAAUCUUUUACCCAUCCUACCGUUAACACCUGAUGAUACCCUACUCACAAUAACCUUCACAGGCGAUUACCGGGUAUCAACGCAGUGCCGCGAACGGAUUGUGGGACAGUCCAACGGGGCGGAAACUGUAACACUGAAUUUUGCAGAUGUGUACACGGAAUGUGGGUACGACCACCUAUACUUGUACGAUGGAGAUUCGGUACACGCUCCGCUGGUGGCCUCGUUCAAUGGCUAUCCACCCGAUCGUAGGGUGACAUUGACGAAUGGUGUCGCGUUGCUCAGGUUUACCUCCGACGUGGCACAGGUGAAGGACGGCUACAAUGUGACGUUUUCAUUCAGUGCCUGCCCGAACGAUUGCUCCGGCAACGGUGCUUGCACAGGCACCACUUGCGAGUGCACAAACAAUAUGACUGGCGCCGAUUGCAGUAUAGAACUAUGUCCCGGAAAAUGCAGUGGAUACGGAGAGUGCGGAGAGUCCGGCUGUGUAUGCGACGCGACACGUACGGGAUUGGAUUGUACCCAGGUUGCAACUCAGAGUCGGUGGUCGUUUGUGAGUUCUCCGGAUGGACCGAGGAAUGCAGUGUUUAAUUCCUCACAGCUUGCUUUGCGGACUGCGCAUGCAAGCGCUGUGAUUGACCUACCCGCUACCAGUAGCAUGUGGACCUUCGGAGGUUUAGCGGCCGGGUUUCUGAACUCCAACGCGCUGGCGUAUUUCGAUCCGGAUCUGGAAGAGUGGAUUGAGGUGAUCUCAAACAAGUAUGUGAACGUGUUGGUGAUACGAUCACUAUCUUGA